AUGCGGACCUACGACGACACCUUCAGCGGCCAGAAGAUCUACCCGGGCAAGGGCAAGCUCUACGUCCGUGGCGACAGCAAGAUCUUCCGCUUCCAGUGCGGCAAGUCCGAGAGCCUGUUCCUCCAGCGCAAGAACCCCCGCCGCAUUGCCUGGACCACUCUCUACAGGAGACAGCACAAGAAGGGUAUCUCUGAGGAGGUCGCCAAGAAGCGCUCCCGCCGCACCGUCAAGGCCCAGCGUGCCAUCGUUGGUGCUUCGCUCGAUGUGAUCAAGGAGCGCCGCUCCCAGCGCCCCGAGGCCCGCGCCGCCGCCCGCCAGCAGGCCAUCACCGCCGCCAAGGAGAAGAAGACCGCCUCCGAGAGCAAGAAGAAGGCUGAGAAGGCCAAGUCCGCCGCCGGCGCCGCCAAGGGCCAGACCCAGAGGAUCCAGAGCAAGCAGGGUGCGAAGGGUUCGGCUCCCAAGGCUCAGGCCAAGACCCGUUAA